CGUCGUGUUAUGACAGCCGGGUUCUUUGUUUUGUAUUACAAAUUUUUUCUGAUAGUAAUUUCUGAUUUCGUGAAGAUUGAAAAUUAAAUCCGCAGAUUUCUGUGAACCCAAAUUGCCCGAGAAAUCUCUGGUAUUUUAUUUAAAAUUAGACAGUUAAACAAUUUUAAUUGUUUAGUGCUUAUAGGCUUUUUUUCGCCACCUAAUUAAAUUAUUGGGUUUUGGAAAAUAGUUGCUGAUGGUUAAGACGAAAGGUGGUGAUGUCCAUUUCGAGUCGAGAUAGGAAGAGCACUUCAGAAGAUUGUGACAGUCGGCAGGAGUCGCCGACCAUGAGCUCCCAGGAGGCGGGCAGCGGACACAGUCUGUCGAGCCUGGCCACCCAGGAGGAGUGCUUCCGGUCAUCGCGCCACGCCGAGAUGAGCCUCGGCAGGAUGGAGGCCUACCUCACGAAGAACCAGCUGACGGACGUCACGCUCGUGGCAGGUUCCCGUCGCAUACCAGCACACCGGUUGGUACUGAGUGCUGCGUCAGGGUAUUUUGCGGCCAUGUUCACCAGCGACUUGCGCGAGGCCAGCCAGAGUGAAGUGAUGUUGCGUGACGUGGAUGGCGAUGCACUCUGGACUCUCGUCCACUACUGCUACACAGGCAGCAUCGAGCUCCACGAGGAGACGGUGGAGACCCUCCUGGCCACCGCCUGCUUGUUCCAGCUGACGGAAGUGGUCGACGCGUGUUGCGCCUUCCUCACGAAACAGCUCCACCCGUCCAACUGCAUCGGCAUUCGCUCAUUCGCAGACUUCCAGGGCUGCAUGGACCUGCUAGCCUCCGCCCACAGCUACACUACGGAACAUUUCAUGGAAGUCAUUCGAAAUCAAGAGUUUCUACUGUUGGCAGCUGAUGAAGUGGCUAAACUACUUGCGUCAGAUGAUCUCAACGUACCCAAUGAGGAGUUUAUUUUCCAUGCUCUGGUCUCAUGGAUCAAACAUGAUGAAGGGAAUCGGAAGAAAGAUGUCAGUAGGUUACUCAGUUUGGUUAGACUUCCCUUACUUUCGCCAGCGUUCCUGGCGGACUUCAUCGAGACGAGCCCGUUGUUCCGGGAGGACCGCGCCUGCCAGGAGCUGGUCAUGGAGGCCCUGAAGUACCACUUGCUGCCGGAGCGCCGGCCGAUGCUGCAGUCGCCUCGCACCCGCCCCCGCAAGUCCACCGUGGGGGCGCUGUACGCCGUCGGCGGGAUGGACGCGCACAAGGGCUCCAUCAGCAUAGAGAAGUACGACCUGCGCACCAACUGCUGGAGCACGGUGGCCAAGAUGAGCGGGCGGCGGCUGCAGUUCGGGGUGGCGGUGCUGGACGACCGGCUCUACGUGGUGGGCGGGCGCGACGGCCUCAAGACCCUCAACUCCGUCGAGUGCUACGACAUGAAGAGCCAGGCCUGGACGUCCCUGCCGCCCAUGUCCACCCACCGGCACGGCCUGGGCGUGGGGGUGCUGGAGGGCCCGCUGUACGCGGUGGGCGGCCACGACGGCUGGAGCUACCUGAACACGGUGGAGCGCUGGGACCCGCAGGCUCGCCAGUGGAGCUACGUCGCCCCCAUGUCCAUGCAGCGCUCCACCGUCGGGGUGGCCGUCCUCAACGGCAAGUUGUACGCAGUGGGCGGUCGUGACGGCAGUGCCUGCCUGUGCACCGUCGAGUGUUACGAUCCCCACACCAACAGGUGGUCGCCCUGCGCUUCCAUGUCCCGGCGAAGGGGUGGCGUAGGCGUGGGCGUGAUCAACGGGUACCUUUAUGCUCUCGGAGGGCACGACGCACCUGCCUCCAACCCUUCUGCGUCCAGGUUCGACUGUGUGGAACGAUACGACCCGAAGACGGACGCGUGGACGAAGGUUGCGUGCAUGGGCGUCGGGCGGGACGGCGUGGGCGUGUCGCUGCUGGGCGACCGCCUCUUUGCCGUCGGCGGCUACGAUGGGCAGCAGUACCUGCGGCUGGUGGAGGCGUACGACGCCCAGAGCAACGACUGGCACCAGGUGGCACCGCUGAACACGGGAAGGGCGGGAGCCUGCGUGGUGGUGGUGAAGAACUCGUCCACAUGUUGACGGUGGGCGUGUGGCGCGGCCUCCCGUCCUGUCCGGCAGAUGAGGACGAGCGUGUCCGCCCACUGGUGAAGCUGUCACCCGUGUUCCAUACAUUCCACAUUUUAUUUUUUCAGAGUUCAAAGGAUGAUUUAUUGGUCUUGGCAUUUCAUUUAAUCUGGUAGUAACUCUUAACUUUUGUCUCAUCUAACACUUUAAGACAAGGAGUUUCAUGUGGUUGGCAAUAAAGUCUUUGUGAGUUUA